UCUCUCGCAGGGGCUCACACUGAUCCAAGUUAGGAGCUUUCAGCUGCCAGCCUUGGCCCAUCAUGUAAGUGCUGCGGAGAAUUCUUUGCAGUGCAAUUGCAAAAUAACCUCUUUCCCCGUCGCCGGUGCGCGCUGUGCACUUGUACCCGCGCGGCCCGCACGGACACGCACGCUUCGGACGCAAAAAGGCUCCAAGUGCAUGAAGAUCGAGGCUCGUAUUUUGCAUCUUUUGUUGCAAAGCGAGCCGCUGAAGCUCCAGUGCGAGGGCGAUGGAGGGAGGGAGUGAGAAAGAAGGCAAAGUCUUUUGUGCUUCCCCUCCCCCUCAUCAAAGCAAAGGGGAAAUGUCUCAGCCGAACCGAGGUAAGAGGAAGCCGUUGCUCAAGCUCUCCAAGGAGGUGUUUGAGCAGCCCCCUCCCGCCGCAGUACCCCCCAGGGAUUUGGAUUCGAAAGCUUGUGUAACCAUCGGAGAGAAGAAUUUCGAGGUGAAGGCGGAUGACCUGGAGCUGAUCUGCGAGCUCGGCCGAGGAGCGUAUGGCGUGGUGGACAAGAUGAAACACGUGCCCAGUGGCCUGAUCAUGGCUGUGAAGCGGAUUCGGGCCACAGUGAACACUCAGGAGCAGAAGAGGCUGCUCAUGGACCUGGACAUCUCUAUGAGGACAGUGGACUGUUUCUACACAGUCACCUUCUACGGAGCACUAUUCAGAGAGGGCGACGUCUGGAUCUGCAUGGAGCUGAUGGACACCUCCCUCGACAAGUUCUACAAGCAGGUGAUCGAGAAGGGCAUGACCAUCCCCGAGGACAUCCUGGGAAAGAUCGCCGUCUCAAUAGUAAAAGCUUUGGAGCAUCUGCACAGCAAUCUGCAAGUCAUACACAGAGACGUGAAGCCCUCGAACGUGCUGAUCAACACUCAGGGCCAGGUGAAGAUGUGCGACUUUGGCAUCAGCGGCUACCUGGUCGACUCUGUGGCUAAAACCAUGGACGCUGGCUGCAAACCCUACAUGGCGCCGGAGAGGAUCAACCCCGAGACGAACCAGAAAGGUUACAACGUCAAAUCUGACAUCUGGAGUUUAGGAAUCACGAUGAUCGAGCUCGCCAUCUUGCGCUUCCCGUACGACUCGUGGGGUACGCCCUUCCAGCAGCUGAAGCAGGUGGUGGAAGAACCUUCGCCCCAGCUUCCUGCCGACCAGUUCUCCCCCGACUUUGUGGACUUCACCUCUCAGUGCUUAAAGAAAGUUUCCAAAGAGCGUCCGACUUACACAGAACUCAUGCAACAUCCCUUCUUCACCUCCCACGAGGCCAAAGAAACCGACGUGGCUAGCUUUGUGAAAGUCAUCUUAGGGGACUGAGUCGCCGCACUUGCAUAGGAGGGAGGGAAGAUCUGUUCAGAAGAAGAAAAUAAAAAUACAACAAACAAAAAGCACAAAUCGCAACCCCAACCUUUACCUGCAGGACUCCCCCUGCCCCGCCUCGCCGUAAUCUCACCCCCUCCUCCCUCCUGAAUCAAGACACACGGAGCCCGGAGAAGCUGACGAAGGCGGUGGAGGAGUCUGUCCCCACCCCCCCCACAUACCUGGCCUCCAUGUCCUCUGUACAUUACCUGGCACGGGAGGGGCACAUAAUCUGGAGUAAUUUAAGAUGUCUGUAUGCAAAAACUCCCACUUCAGUUAGAUUUGUCCCACCUCUGUGCACCGCCUACUACUCAUUAUUAGUCAGCGAGUUGACUGCGUGUGGAGUUAAACCACCACAAUGGUCAAACUCUUCUUUUUUUCUGAAAAACAAGACGUGAAAAGAGGUGCAGAUUAUAUUUAAAAAAAAGAUGAAUGAUAUAAUGCUAUCUAUGUAUAAUCUAAAUGUUUGUAUACUCAAAGCAAGUGUUGCAUCGGUUUAUUAAUUGACUGCAUGUACAGAAUAUAUCUCUGGGUAAACACGGGCUCAGAUGGCCAGUGAGGAACAGUCGUAGAGUCCGAUAGUUGAAGACCCGCAGGGCCUCACUUCAUGGCCUCUUAGUGGUCGCAAAUAGGUACUGCACUUCAACUGCUUUCCCUUGAUUACAGCAGAGGGUCUACUACACGUUUAGGGCUCUGGCUGCCUGUGAGUGUGCGUAAGUGUGUUUGUAUGCGUGUGAGUUGGUGCAUGAUGUAUGUGUGUGUGUGUGUGUGUGUGUGUGUGUGUUUGUUUGUAGGGCUGCAUGAUUUGGGAUAAAACUAGAACUUUUGCGCUCAGAGUUGAGAUACCGAAAAGUUUCCUCUGCAGCCUCAUAGUGCCUGUGAGAGCUUUUCAGUUCUAGUGAUGGUCACGAAUCAAGUUCCUGUUAUUUAUGUAUUUUUGUGGCCAGGCGGCAGGAUUUUCUUGUAGUUUUCGUGGCCUUGGUGCCAUCAUAUUGUACUUGUACGCAUUUCGAUGUAGAGCUAUAGGGUGCAGCGAUUAGUUGAUGGAAAGAAAAUAAUUUGCCAAAGUAAUUCAGUAAUUUUUAGAGCAAAAAUGUCAAACAUUUGCUGCUUCCAGCUGCUUAAAUGUAAGGAUCGCUGCUUUUCUUUGUCAUUUAUGAUAAUAAAUGAAGAGUCUUUGGGUUUUGGUCGGACAAAAGAAGCAACUUGAAGACGUAACUUUGCUUGCACAGCACGUAAAUCUAUAAUAUAUAUCCAUAACAGUUCCUCACUUGAAGAAUGUGAAGUUUUUGUCGGAACUUUGGUUGGAUACAGUCAUUUCUUCAGUUCUGACUCAUUAUUUAUUAAAUCUUCUUUGUUCAUGGCUAUUUUUGCCGCUGUGUCUGGCCUGGUCAAACAGGUCUCAAGAGCAGAAUUCGGGACAAAGAUGGAUUUUGUCUUUGUGGAAUCACAACAACGCCUCUCGGGACCCUUUUCCACCAAAUUUUAACAGAGGGUGCUACACAAUGCACAACAAUUUGUAGAAUAUGACAUGGCCACUUUGGUUCGCAAGGAGAACCUGCUAUUUUAUGGUUCCAGCUGGGAACUAACUUUCCAGGUUCUGAACCAAUUUAUUUUUGUUCGAAAUGCUCCGAACGGUGUCAAAACUACGUGCUUGAACCGGAAAGGAGGUGUUUCCCUGUUGGUAAAAAGGACUAUCGGUGGUUUGUGUUAUAGAGGAAGUUGGAUUGUGUUCAUCCAGAGAGUGCAAAGUGCAAAUUAUGUGAACCAUGUUCACAUAGGCCCGUCAGACGAGGGUUUGGCUGAAAUAAACUAGUUCGUGUGAUGUGUCGUCUGAAGGCAGAAGUUUAAGCGUCUUCGGGAAAUGAAGCUUUGGACACAAGUUUGACAUCAUUGUUUUGAUUGUUUGGCAAUAUCCAACUGUCAGAAAAACGAUCGAUGAAAGGAAUCGUUAAUCUAGGAGAUUCCGAUAUAUUGGAAAAUUUGGAACCCGUUCUUGAUUCCCAUCCCUAAUCACAAGUAGACGCAUUGAGAUCCGUUCGCCACCACGUCUUACGUAACCUGUAACAAAGUCUUGUGUAAAAAUUUGAAGCGCUUAGUUUGAUGCAGCGGACCGCCCUGCUAAUGCAAACACAUAAAUGUAAUGAGACUGCGCAGAGGUACGAAAUGUAAAUCUGAUGAGUCAUGCAGCCCUACUUGACACACACACACACACACACACACACUUUACAGUGAGGUGUGUGUUGACAUUGUGGUCAGUUGUGGGAGAAGAUUGCCCAUAUUCUCCUUGUUGUCUGUACUGAGCCAAUCACAACCCUCUCCACUCCAUGUUCAACAUGAAAAGAACUGGAUAUUAUUACUAUUAUUAUUAUUAUGAUUAAUAUUAUAUUAAUUAUUGUUAUUAUUUAGAUCCAGGUUUGUUUGUUUGUUUUCCCCAGACAGAUUUACUGCAGUUUUUCUUAUUUAUUACAACUGCUGUUUUCCCUCUGAAAACUUGACCGAUCCAUUCGAGACUUUUCUUGUGUGUUUGUGUGGGCUGUGUGUGUUUUUGUCGUGUUCUUCUUGGCUCAAACACGUAAAAUGCUUUUGAACUGUAACUUGCAAGCCUUCUAUGUGCCUCUCUAUAGAAAACAACUAAGGAAAAUAAUAUGUUGUAAUAAGGACGAUGCAGGGAUGUCUGCCUCUCCCGUCAUAUCCGCUUUCUCUUCUUCACGCCCUGCAUGGCAUCGCGAUUCCACUUCCUGUUUGUUUUCAUCACUUUUGUGUUUCUUGUCGUAGAUGGAGCUCCGGUUCCAGUCAGUAUUGUUCUUCUACACGUUUGUGCUCAUCUCUGUCGUUGCCUUGGUUCUUGGCUUUUUUCUCGUGGUGGUUUCUGAUGGUAGGAGACGCCUGUAGUUGUUAUGCAAGUACUACUCUAAUGACAAAAUGGGAAACUUGAAAUACUGUACGUGGCAGGGUACUGUCACAGUGGGAGAAUUUACAUCAUCUUCUUGCCUAUAAAUAUUUAGUUGCUCGAUGUCUGUGUCUGUCUUCAGUCCAUUUUAGCCCUGUUUCGGUCACUUUAGCUGUGUUGAAGUUGUUUGAUUGUUGCUUAAAGGCUCAAUCUGUGAUGUAAAAGAAGACAAAAAGGAUUCUGCUAUCGCUCCUUAUUUAAUUAACAGGACUUCUUUUUAACCUUUUACCACCCAAAGGACGCUACCACUAUGUAGAACAUUCACCGAGGAAAAUUACAUGAAUAUGACCUUUUUAAAAUACAUGUAUGAAUAGACUAGAAACAUCUUUUGUGUCAUUUUGAGUUGUUAAAAAUAAUUUAGGCACAGUGCUUGGCAGAAAGUACAACUGGAAAUGUCCAAGAAGGGUUAAAUAACAAAGCUAUCCAUUUGUUUAGUUUUGGCAGAGCAGUGUUCAAGUAGAAAUGCUGGAUAGCAGCUACAUUAAAGCUGCACUGAUUUUAUUUAUUGUUUGGCCACUUGGGGGCAGCAACAUAGCUGUAAACACAUCAUUGACAUAUUAUCACAUUAUAAACAAGAACAACAAUAGCAUUUAUUUUUGAACGUAAAUCCAACAUUUGCUCUCUUUUAGCCCUGUUUUGCUCAUUAGCUGCUAAAAGAUCUGUAACGUUCACCAGCUAGUGGCCAGCUGAUGCUGGUUAGUCGGUAAAACAUCUGUUUGAUGAGAACGGUGAGACGGUUCAAAUAAUAAAACAUUAUCCCAUCAGAAUAAUAUAAAAAAAUACUACAGGCAAAUAAAAAUGCCACACAUGGAGGCUUCAAGGUCUUAAAACAUACAGGAAAUGUAAUUGAAACACAAAACAAUUACAGAUUGAGCCUUUAACAAACUACACCAAGUUGUACUACAUGAAUUAACAUUUGUAUCUCGAAGAAGUAAUAUUCUGUCUUUGCUGUUUUGUCCGCAGUCAAAACAAACUCAUUUGUCCACAGUACAGUCCGCUCUGUCAUUUGAACGUGUUCACCAGGGAGUUUCCUGUUUUGUAGCAGACAGGCACAUUUCCUUUCACCCUUCACACCAUAAUCUGCUCCCCGCUGGGCUCAGGUCCCACAACCUUCAGCUUACUCCAGGUAGCAGUUCCUCGAAGCGUUACUGACAGACAAAGAUCUGGGCUGAUAGAGCUUCCUCCUGUUUUUAUUUGCAGCACUAAACUGUCGCCCUCCUCCAUUAGUUCCUCCAAUCGCUUCUUACCAAACCGUUUCACCACAGCCGGCUCUACCGAAAGCCGUCUGACACACGGUGGGUGCGAUUGCGUUUUUACUCCUACGUGUGUCUCUUUGCGUCUUUCCUUACUUCAUUUGUAAUGAAGGUGAGUCAGCGGGCAGGUGGGAGCCUGUCAGACAAAACUCACUGCCAGAGACAAUAGUGAUGACAUUAAGGGCUUCCUCAUUAGUACAUUUUUGUGCCAUGGAUGGAAAUAUACUUUUGAGAAACUCUAAUUGCACUUAGUGUUUUAUUGCAUGAUGAAAUUAGCCAAAUUCAAGUCACACUUUUCCUCAGCAGAGCAAAAAGGCUGUUUCCGUGCAGCGCGGACUGUCGCAGGUCUGUCUUCAUCCGUCGUGUUUGUCCUGAACACAAGGAACUGGCAAGCCCCAGAGGAUCUCAUGAUGAGUGGUGUACCAGAGUCCUCUUUGUUCUUCAGAUAAUCAGCAUCAUUUUCACUCAUUUAGCGAAUAUGAGCAAAGAGCCCGAGUAGAAAAGCGAGGACUCAUGUGAAACUCGGGGUCAGGGAACGGGGAGUCUUUGAGGAGGGGGACAGCGUGUGCAUCCCUGCUGCUUAUUGAGCAUCCAGGAGAGAACCAGUCCAGACACUCUGACAUCCCAACUGUUGAAAACAACUGGAUGCUCCACCUGCGUUCAUCAUCCUGUGCAUGGUCUUGUCGCAGUGAUUUGGGUGUGUGUAGUAUUUAUGUGGUCUUUUAAGUGCCUAACGAUGCAUGUCUGUGGUGAACAUUAGGUUUAAACACUUCUACGUCUUUGUGAACGAUGCUUAAAACACUGUUUUUGUCCUCCAGUUCUUCUCCGGGACACACUGACACUGCAUGUUGCUGUGAUGUUUUGCACUGUACUGAGGAGCCAUAUCACAAACUCACAGAGGGGUGUUACUGUAAGAGUCAUUUUGACCGUGAAAGGUUGCGGUCUACGUGGUGUUUCUGGCUUUUUCAAAAGAGAGCUUGGGAUUAUGAGGUUCUGACUUUUUGUAUACUGUAAAUUCUCAAAUCUAUCUCUUAUCUGAAGAGGCUUUUAUUUGAGACAGGCUAUUUUUAAGUAUAUUUAAGCCUUUCUACUCCCAUUAGCUUGUUGAUGCUGCCUAACACUUUGAAUCCACCGGGCAUGGCUCUGCAAAGUUGGGUUUGCAGAACUGUUGCCGCUUCAUGCCGCAUUUCCCAUUUCAAGAUUCACACAAAACGGGACCCCAUUUGUGAAAACAUUGCUCAAUAGUGCCACUAGUGGACAAAAACUCCUCAGGGUCCCUUUAACAUGAACGUGCGCAAAGCUGAAUCAAUCACUCGAAAGGAACGGUAGCAGUGUCAACGUUUCAUCCUACAGUAAUUAGUAAUUUCUACCAAGUUUGGAAGUAAAACAGUUUUCCAUUUACUUUAGAAAAUCAAAUAUUUCAGAGAUAUUGGUAUGGGUGCCAAAUUGGCUUGAUUUGUGAGUUUAAUUUCACACUGUUGUCCCACAAGGCCGUGUGUAAAGAGAAGCAGUAGCUCUUCAUGGCUGGAAAGUAUCUCUUUCUACUAAUUGCUGCUCCAGCAAGAUCUCAUAACACUAAACCAAAAGAUGAUAUGUACAAUGUUUGGAAUGGCAUUACUCUUACAUAACUCUUUGUAAAUUUAAUAUGUUAAAUUGGCGGCAGCUUUCUAAAUUUGCAGUUUGAAUAACAUCUGUCAACGGCAAAUGGUACAUUAAGUUAAUAAACGUACUACAAGGAGUUUUUAACUGGUUAUGGAGCAGUCUCAGUUUAAUACUGAUGCCUCUAUGUGACCUACAUAAACAAACAAGACCAUUAGAGAGAAGAUUGGAUAUUUUCUAUAUUCCUUAUGCCUGCCACGAUUUUUUUGAAAACUAACCGAAUUCUCUGUGCCCUUUCUAUGUCUGACUUCCUGCCAUUCACGAUCCAUUCUGUGCUGCUUGGCGUGAAAUAUUUGUAGCGGAGAGAUGCUUCUGGGUUGCACCACAGCGCUUCUGGUGGAAUUUGGAGCAUUGUCAAGAGCGGGCGUGAGACAGAAUGCAUCGCAGCCAUGUCCGGUGAAAUUUGGGGGAUAAUGUAAAAGUACACUACUCGCAAAAAGUUAGGGAUAUUCCACUUUCGGGUGAAAAUUAUGGAAAAUCUAAAAAGUUGAUGCUACAGUGAUAUUAUAUCAUGAAAGUAGGGCAUUUAAGUAGAAGGUCAAAUUAAGGUCACCUGGAAAGGUUAUAGUGCAUUUUAUGUACAUUCUGAAAUUUCAUCUGAAAGCCGAAUAUCCCUAACUUUUUGUGAGUAGUGUAUACGACCAAAACAUGCAUAUAAAAUGUAUUAAUAUUAGUUUGAAUUGCAGAAUUGUGAGAGUGGGGAUUACACAAAUGUGCGUUGUGCUAAAUUUACAGAGCUAUUAGUAAAGGGAUGGCCCCUCACCUUCAUUCAGUACCAACCGACAGGCCUGGCUCUGGCUAAUAUUUGAGAAUUUACAGUAUCUACGUAUUAAUGGUGAUAUUACAUUUAUUUAUGGUUGUGUAAAGUUCUAUAUUUUUAAAGCGGGACACAAUUGUUUGACGCUCAGUCUCCCAAAGCUUCACUCAGAACCUUCUAACUCCACACUUCAUUUCUUCAGCUUGGCAUACAGCGUUUACACUUCUGGUCACAGUUGACUCAUAUUCAAUUUUCAACAGGCUAUAAUGAGAAAAGAGUCUAGUCCAAUCACUCAUCACAUGGCAUUUUCCUGUCUCUGUGUGUGUGUGUGUGUGUGUGUGUGCACGUGUGUGCGCGUGUGUGUGCGCAUUUGUCUGUCCCAGCCAGCGUGCUGGCCAAAGGGCAGUGCUAUCUUUACCCUGCUGUUCCUCUCUGGGGAGAUAAUGAAGCGAGUCACGUCGCUGCCACAGAUAAAACCGUCACCCCCCUUACUCAAAACCUGCAUCAAGAAAGUUUUUUUUUUUGUCUCAGCUUCUCUCACGUGUCAGGCUUUUUGAGAGUGUUUUCUCUUCAUACAUGUCUGCUUGCAUGUGGGAAUUCCCGUCCGCGAGUCUAUUUGCGGCUCGUGUUCACCUGCUGAGUAAACCUCAGUCACUGGGGGUUAACGGGGGCAGGACGUCCGAGUGGAAACAGUCCUCGGCGGGCGAUUAUUGUCACAUCCCAUCAUGAUUCCCCUCUUAACAUCUGAGUUUAUCUGAGCACCCCACAACAGGCACGUAUUUCUGGAUGAUGCGUCUGUGACAUCCAGUUGGCAGCGAGGGUUUUUACUGGAACUAGACUUUUUUUUCUUUUUUUAAAGUGCUUGAAGGUCGGAUGCAGAUUUGAGGCUCGUGAGAGAAUCAGAGGAAAUUUCCUCACCUUUGUCCUCAUCCUCAAAAUGUGUCAGCGGAUGAAUCAAAGGUGUCGACACGGCCCGUGUGUGACGCUUCCAGCCCUUUACAAACUGUGCUCUGCCAGGUUUCUGCCGGACUAUAUCGAGUGUAAAUCUGUUGUUUGUGCGUGAACCGUGCUGAGGUUUCUUGAACGCUUUUGUUUUCCCCCAUCUAUCGCACAACACUUCUCGCUUCAAGCGUUGUCGAGGUCGAAUGCUACGACAUGACUUGUGAACCGUGGAGCUUUGUGUUUCUCUGUUGCAGGUGGUAAACUGCUGGUACACACAGCUGUAUGUGACUUCUGAUGUUGCGGUGUUGUGUUCUUUUAUUGGGGGUUGGGGGGGGGGAUUUGUGUUCGGGCUGGUUUUCUAAAAUAAGACGUAUCCAGAGAUGCUACUGUACGUGGAAGAGGGUCUUUCGUUGCUGUUGGGUGGGUUCGGGGGAGGGUUACCGUGGCUACAGCUCCUUGCCCCGUGGGAAGUGAAGUUCUCAGUAUAUUUACACAUCUCUAAAGCCUCUGCUAAAGACUGAUGACUGUUCAUUUAGAGCUCAAUGAAUUUCUAUAACUAUUUUAGAUUGCUCAAACUGAUUAUGUGCAAUUGUAAUGAUGGAAAUUCAAUAAAAAAAGAGGUAUUUUUACACAAUAA